AUGAUUUUUGCCAAUACUGGAAACCCGAUAAGGACUCCGCAUCGCAAACAGCAACCUGCCCUAUUGUCACAUCCCAUGGCUCCACCCAGCCCGAGCACCAACAGCAGCACCAACAACAGCAGCAGCAGUAGCACUGCAGGUUGGGAGCAGCUCAGCAAAACAAACCUCUACAUCCGAGGCCUGUCCCCUUCAACUACAGAUCAUGACCUGGUCAAGCUCUGUCAGCCGUAUGGCAAAAUUGUAUCAACAAAAGCUAUUUUGGACAAGACUACAAAUAAGUGCAAAGGAUAUGGCUUUGUUGACUUUGAUAGCCCCGCUGCAGCUCAGAAAGCUGUAGCUGCCUUGAAGACAAGUGGUGUCCAGGCUCAGAUGGCAAAGCAACAAGAACAAGACCCAACAAACUUGUACAUCUCGAACUUGCCUGUGUCUGUGGAUGAGCAGGAACUGGAGAACAUGUUAAAGCAUUUUGGCCAGGUCAUAUCAACUCGCAUCUUGAGGGACUCCAGUGGAGUCAGCAGAGGAGUGGGCUUUGCAAGGAUGGAGUCAACGGAAAAAUGUGAUGCAGUCAUUUCACACUUCAAUGGAAAGUUCAUUAAGACACCUCCAGGUGUACCAGCGCCAAUUGAACCUUUGCUCUGCAAGUUUGCUGAUGGUGGACAGAAAAAGAGACAAAGCCAGAAUAAAUUUGGCCAGAAUGGUCGACACUGGGGAAGGGAUGGUGACUCUAGACUGGCUGGAAUGACACUCACGUAUGAUCCCAGUUCAGCUGCUAUGCAAAAUGGAUUUUUUCCAGCACCAUACAGUAUUUCAAACAGGAUGAUUACUCAAACUUCCAUGUCUCCCUACAUGUCUCCGCUUUCUACGUAUCAGAUGCAGAACCCAUCCUGGAUGCCUCAUCAGCCUUACAUCAUGCAGCACCCAGGUACAGUGAUAUCGCCCUCUAUCGACCCAUCUCUGUCACUGCAGCCUCCUUCCAUGAUGGCGCCUCUCACUCAGCAGAUGGGUCACCUCUCCUUGGGUAGUGCAGGAACGUUUAUGGCUCCAAAUACAGCUAUGCAAGGAGCAUAUAUCCCACAGUAUCCACAUCUGCCGACAGCCACUGUUCCUGUGGAAGAAAACAGUGCACAGUCACAUGUGGACUCAUCCGGCAAUCAUUCCCCCUAUUCCUAUCAACAAACCAAGUAGUGCUGAGGUGACCUUUGGACAACAGCCCUCACAACAAUGUCUACAAACGCAGCGGACGCUAAGGAUCUUUCACUGUUUUGCUCAAAUGUUUAAAGUGAUACUAUUUCGGGUAUCAUUUUCAGAGCGUACACCUAAGUUCAUCAGAUGAUUCAAAGUUUAUUUAAAGAAGUUUUAUUUUCAUACUAGAACGUUUAUUUUUUACUAGGGGUCGCCACAGGACACAAGAAAGAAUCUCGUGUCCAGUUGUGCAAAUAUGUUUUCUGUUCACUAUUUUCCUGAGGAUUUUUUUUUUUUUUUUUUUUUUUUUUUUUUUUUUUUUUUUGCCAAAUAUUUGAAAAUGACUUUUUUUGUGCUUGCUGUGUGAGUGUUGAUAUGGUGAUGUGUUUAGUGUUGUUUUUCUUGUAAAGUGAUUUUUUUUUUUUUUUUUUUUUUUUUUUUUUUUUCUUAGAACUCAGUCUUGCUGUCUGAAAAUCUGCCUUAAUAGUUUUGAUACAUUUCUUGAACAAACCGCCACAAAGCAGCAAUAAGCCAAAAAAAAAACUGAUAAGAGCUCUCACCUGCAGGCGGUCUUUUUUUUUUUUUUUUUCUUUUUUUUUUUUAAUGGAACAUGUGUUUUUGCUCCCUUCCUCCAAAACCUACUAGAGCAGCAAAAGAAAUUUUCCAAAGAUGAUUUUAUUGGAUGGAAUAUUUAUUUAGAAAGAAGGCUGUGCAUUCGUGUGGAUGUUGAAAUGUGUUUUUGUUUUUUAGAAUAGCUGAAAUUAAGCUUGGUGGGGUGGGUGUAAUUUUGUUUUGUUGGCUGUGCUUUCACUUUUUUAAGGUGGUAUUGGUAAUUGUCGUUUUGAUGAGGUAUGUAUUUUUCACUUUUUCUUCGCAAAAACGGGAAACCUGGACAUAUGAUUGUGGAAAAUUAAUUAAUCAAAGCCUUAAAAUAGAACUUGGCCAAACGUUGCAAGAGUCGAAGGGUAGAAAUUUGAUGAAUAUGUGUAUUUUAUUGCGCCUCACUCUUUGAUAGGAAACAAUCAGGCUUGGCACUUUCAGUUGUAGUUUACGUCACCAAAGCUUGUGAGGAAAUGCCAUCAUUUGUCUCUUUAACAAAGGUGACCAUGCAAAAAAAGAGUGUAGUUUGGACAGUGUGCCUUUUUUUUUUUUUUUUUUUUUUUUUUUUCCGUACAUUUACAUUUAGUUCAGUACAGACACACAAGUAUGAAGGAAGGCUCCAGCAAGUGCCACAGAUGACUUUCAUGGUAACAGGAAAAAUGGGAUGGUGCAACACUAUAAUCAAGAUUCAUUUAAAAGGAAAAAAACUGAUGGAGUGCUACGGAAGCAAUCUGAUAUGAAAUAGUGCUUUAAAAAUAAGUGGCAAUUUGUUAAAUAGUUGAUUGAACCAUUUUAACUAAGGUGUCCUCUAGUAAGCCUGUGAUUCGACCUGGUUGUCAGUCAGAGCAGUUAUCUACCUCAGUUUUCUUUCUCCUCUGUAUUAGGCCGGGUUAGCAGGUCCAGCCCGUCCUUCCAGACCAAAUCCCACACUCAGGAGCCUGUCAGCCUGAAAGGAAACGGCUGUUUCCCUUUAGGUUUUUUUUUUUUUUUUUUUUUUUUUUUUAAUACUUUUUGAUUUUCCUCAAACCUGUUUCUUUUUUAAUAUUAUUAUGAUGGAAUAACAUAAUCACUAUUGGGGACAGCUCUACUUGCGUUCACUCACUCAGUUUCAUAGCCUUUAUGGCAGUAGAUUCCACAGGCAAAUGUAAAGGCUUUUCAGAUUAUCACUGACGGCAUAGCUUUUGUGGUGUUCACUCAAUCUGUGCUCGUUUAUACAAACAUGCUUGGUGCUUUGUGUUGGAUCUACAAAGAGCAGCAUUUCCUCUGUAGUUAGCUAGGUUGUGCAACAGAUACAAAGGGCCAAUUCUACUUGAGAUUCUUGUGUAAUGCCUGAGACUGACGAGUAAUACUGUCCUGUGAGGUUAAUGCUGCUAGCGGUGUCUGAACCAAGUGCCAUAGUAUCUGGGUCAAGAGUCGAAGAGGUGCAUCAAUGAAAAAUUGCUCGUAUAAGCAACCACCGUAGUGAACAGACAUUAAGUUAUAUGAAAAAGUUCUAAUUUAUGAAGAUUUUUGUACAGACGGCUUUAGGUAAUAAGAGAUUUUCUAGAGCUAUGUGAGUUACAUGUUUUGUUUUUUUAACUUGUGCCACAAUUGCCAGACUUAACUUGUUUGUACAGUUUAAGGGAUCUCUCCUCUUUACUUCUGUUUUAUUGUGCUGUUUAUCGUGUUUGUUAAGCCCCAAACUUCCUUUUUUCCACCCUAGUAGAUUUUGCCCAAAUUUUAUUCUGUUAAUUUCUUUGACUUUUUUUGGAUUAAAAAAGAAAUCUACUUUUA